AUAUUCGGCGUUGCUUUACGGGAAAGCAUCUGUUAUGCCAAUGUCAUGAUUACUGCUGUGAAUAAUGAGGGAGAGAAAUUCGUGAUCGGAUAUGUUCCUAUAGUGGUUGCAAAGAUUUGUGUAUUGCUGAAAGAGAAAGGGACAGAGAGUGAGGAUAUCUUUGCUCGAAGUGGCUCAGCCAACCGCGUACAUCAACUCGAGAUCAUUUUCGAUACUCCAGACCGCUACGGCAAAGGAUUGGAUUGGAGCGGCUAUUCUGUGCAUGAUGCUGCGACGUGCCUUCUACGAUACUUGAAACGCCUCCCGGAACCCGUCAUAUCAUUUGAAUUUUAUAAUAGGUUCACCUCUAUUGACUUCGAUGCUGGCAUCGAGGAAGAGGCCAUUAACGCCUUCAAGGACUGCAGUACAGAUCUUCAACCCAUGCCUCGUAUGCUUCUUAUGUACAUAAUUGAUCUCGUUCAAGUUUUUGCCUCCAAAUCAAAAACGAACAAGAUGACUACGGCUCGCCUUGUUGCAGCAUUUCAACCAAGUCUGCUUGCGAAAGAUCCUAGCGUUGGGAUGUCAGCAUACGAUCAUCAAAGGGCCGCGGACACCAUAACAUUCUUGGUCGAGAAUGACUUCUCCUCAAUUCUGUUAAUCGCAAAAACCGAGACGAAGACUGACGGCGGAGAAGAUGAUAUCGCCUUGGCCACCGAAGGCGAAGGAGAAGAACAAGAAGAAGCGUAA